GAAUCUUUGAAUAUUCAGCUAUUUCGUUCGAUAGACAAAUAUAGAGUAAUGAAAAAUGAUGAGUGUUAAUCGCACGAACAGGAAGGAAGCGACAUGAUGGUUCCUCGAAGCCAAUUCGAGAAUGACAUUUAAUCAACGUCCUGAUCGGGUUAAUCGCGAGUCAUUAACAAGACAAUCGAACGUGUCGGUCUUUCUACACGGUAUUCGAUCGGAGAGAAACUCCUCGUGGCUGUCACAUAUCGUAGGUGUAUCAUUAUAAAGUCUGGUUUCUCCUAGAGCACAACGUAUCUGAACACUUGUGAAAGCGGAAUUGCGCUUUCUGCGACGAAAAGUGUCAUGGAAGAUCACGGUGUCUGAAUUAUGGCGAGAAUUAUGGUGUUUGCAAGUAUCAAAACAGUGAAAGAUUAAAAGGACUUCCAAAAAAGAUUUUAACGAAGGGAACAUCGAUCAUUGGAGGAAAUACAUCCGUCCUUUCGGAUGAGAAGUGAAAGAGAUAGUUCUUGCUGAGCGAAAUAUCAACAGAUUAUCACUGAAAUUCUUGGAUCAAUAUGCCACAUACAGGUCAAGCGGGAGUUAAUCAAUUGGGUGGUGUGUUUGUUAACGGGAGGCCAUUGCCCGAUUGCGUUCGACAAAGAAUCGUGCAGCUCGCUUUGGUUGGUGUUAGACCUUGCGAUAUUUCUCGACAACUCCUAGUGUCUCAUGGAUGUGUCUCGAAGAUUCUUACAAGAUUUUACGAAACGGGUAGCAUUCGACCAGGAAGCAUCGGAGGAAGCAAAACAAAACAAGUAGCUACACCUACAGUUGUAAAAAAAAUUUUACGAAUGAAACAAGAACAACCAACAAUGUUCGCUUGGGAGAUCCGAGAACAACUUGCGCGACAAGGAGCUUGUGAUCCUCAAAGUUUACCUUCUGUUUCUUCGGUAAAUCGAAUUCUUCGAGGCGGUGGACUUCAUACUGAUCAUACAGGAAUCGAGAGUGGUUCUCAGAGCAGCUAUACCUCGCAAAUUUCUUCAAAUGUCCCUAAUAGAGAUGCACUUAUGAGAACGGAUUACCAAUUAUUUUAUCCAGGAACAUUGGGACCAUUGCAUAUUUCCACGACUUCUAGUAAUACCAGCGCGCCAUCUUGGAAUCCGAGUUUUUAUUCAUCUCUUUAUCAAGCAACAACAUUGCACUUGCAUCAUGGAAUGCAAUCAUUUACAUCGUUAGAUGUAGAACGUCUCUCAGAGCAGAAUGGACCAACGAAUCAAGUCGAUUUGAAAUCCAGCUCGAGUUCAAUGGCAGGCAGUGAUGAUUCCUUGGACAAAAGCGAUCUAGAUGAAAACACGGAAUCCCAGGAUCACUACAAACCAUUUCAAAAUUCACCUAUUAUUCUAGAACUUGGCCAAAAAAUCGGUAGCGAUCGUAGUGCAUUCGUAAGACAUAGUACAUCCGGUUCGUCUAUAAAUCUCGAAAAUCGACAGAGCCCACCUCCAGCGACCAGUGACAAGCAGAAGAUAAUGUCACCGCGAAUUUUGAAAAUCGGAAAUGAGCAGAAUACUAUGGCCAAAGAAAUAGCGGUUGAGGAAAGACCGACGCAACCCCAGAAAAAGAGAAAUCCUUAUUCAAUAGAGGAACUUCUGAAAAAAGAUGAGGGCAAAAGCACCUCGAAGAGGCUGAAACUAACGAAUCUCGGCAUAGUUCAACCCUGUGGAAUUAUCUUGAAUAAAGAAAUCUAAAGGAUUGCGAUUGGAAAUAGGGGGGAAAAUUUCAAAAUCUGGUGAUAGAGGCUAAAAAUAAGAUGAUCGUCUGGAUUUGGGAGAAUUUUCGAUA